AUGGCGACCGCUCUCCAACAGCAAUUGGCUGCAAUCGCCGCCAAUAGCACGCAUCAGCUUGACCUGAAAGCGCAAAAGGCGCGCCACAGCAAAUCGCUUCUCUUUGAGCCUCGCAUAGCUGCCUCACAAAAUUUUGAUUCAAUCUAUCAGCUCUGCAUAGAAGGAUUCGAAGAACUCUGCCAGCUCGAUGCACGCUUUCUCACAUUCGCCAAAACGCUCUUCAGUGAGCAGAGCAAGAAUGAGGAUCGGACACAGAUGACCGCUGCUGAAAACCGAGAUUUGGACGCUGUCAUUGAUCGAUUUCUCGGCCUGCUUGGAGGACGAUUGCUACUCAAACCUGCUGUAAAGGCAGCAGAAUGGCUCGUUCGACGUUUUCGGGCGCAUGAAUACAAUACGGAGGCCAUGCUCUACACAUUCUUACCAUACCAUGCAUCGCCAAUCUUCCCAGUGCUGCUCUCAAUCCUUCCGGAGGAGCUCCCUUCCAACUUUCGCUUUCUCCACCCAUAUGUCGCGUCGCGCCAAAAUCCGCCACGACAUGUCAUUGUCGCUGCUGCAAGCAAUCACCCUGCUUUCUUCACCACAUUUAGCAACCGAGUGCUCGAAGUCGCAAAGCUCAGAUAUCAAUCAGCUCUUUUGAUCGGAUUCUGGGCCAGUAUCACUGCUCAGGCCGUCAACGGAAUGGUCGACUCAACCAGAUCUGGUCGCGAUGCCAUCCGACGACAAAGAGAAGAGGACCUCCUCCUGCGGGUUCUACCCGUACUGCAAAUGUCUUUGAGCAUCAAAGGCGUGGCAGAGUUAUAUCUGGCAACCUGUAUGGUCAUCACGAUUCUAGCUACCCGAUUGCCCUUGGAAGAGAAGGUUUUGAACGCCAUGUUGGAGGCGAUUUCAGGAGGCUGGACAGAUCAGACCAUUGAGGAUGGAAUUACCUGCCUGGCAGUCGUUGCAGAGGAGAAGCAGAACUCUAGUCUCACGGACCCUGUCACGAGGGCGGUGCUUAAAGCGCAAGAAUCACCAGCCAUACUCGCCCGAGUUUCGGCGCUUUGUCGCGCAGAGAAGCUUUUGAUUGGAUUAUGUCUGGGCGCCACGUCGAUGAUCCGUCAUCAAAAGAACGACAAUGCAUCUCCCUUUCUGACAAACAUACUAGCCUCCGAUAUCCUCACAGAGACACAACAUGCUCUUAUCGUGGGGCGACUCGAGAGCGCCAUUCAGGGUGCAGACGUUAGUCACAGAAUCGAUCGUUCUAACGACAGCCGUGCGUUGAUGUCCAUUGUCCGCGCGGCAAAAGACCGAGCUGGCUCAAAAUCAAAAGCGCUGCCGGACAAGAAGCCAUCACAGACUGAAGUGCGCGGAAAGGCUGCACGAGCAGAGUUUACUGCUCCUUUCGAUCCGGCCGCCUUGCCAAAACUGCCUUCGGAGAAGUACUCGUUCCUGGCGUAUCAAUCAUCGGAAGUCUCCGCAGAAUAUCUUUCGCACUUCAAACAGGUCACCGGUUCGUCAUCCGACUUGGAGAACUUCCUCUCAGCGCAACAACUCGAUCGCGAGAAUUCUUCAACUUCACCAACAUACUUUUCAUUUUUGGCCUAUGCUUGGUGCAGCGACGGUGCAGUUCCUCCGCGAGUCAGUGCGCUAGAGAGUGCUGCAGUUGAGAUCGCUCGAAUCUCACAGGACAAGUCGAACAUAGAUCUGCAGAUGUUGCUCCCUUACUGCAUCAGUGCACUUUCUGAUUCCGAAAAAUCUAUUCGUGUCGCAGCUGCGUCUCUUUGUUUGCGCUUGGGCGAACUAAUCGAGAAAUCUUCAACGCGGGCCAAGACUGGUCAAACUCACAAUGUGUGGGCAAGUGAUUCAAUCUAUGGGGCAUCCAGCUCUAAUCUGACACGGCUGAGCACUCCGGAUCACCAAGCAUUCCUCAGCUCUGCUUUGCUUCCUGUGCUGGACGACUGCAUCACUGACGGAUCGUAUUUGAGCCGCGGCCUGGCUGACGUGUUGAACGUAUCCAAUCACGUGCGAGCCGAUAGCAGUACAUUCAAGUCAACUUCGAGGGCAAACAUCGUCAUGUUCCUUGCUCGCCAUGCUUGUGAGAGCUCCGUGAUCCAGCCAAAGCUCAGAAUUUUGGACAUCUUGCAGCAGAUUGGGAAGAUUGCCGGCUCCGCGCGGACUGAAGUCGUUCUCCCGUACACCAAAGAUGUACUCAAACGUCCUGACGCCACCGCGACCCGUGCCGAGAAAGUAGCUUUGCUUCGUGGACUGUUAAGCAACAUCACCGCUCGAAGCAAUGAAGAAAUCAGCUUCCUGAAGUCAUUGGCGCUGGAACAACCAGAGAUCGUCGAGACCUCUGGAAUGGGUUUUAGCCGCAUCCGCGAGUUGUGGUCGUCCUUGAAGGACGCUGCGCAAAUAGAUCUCGCUGACUGGCUCCUCGACUUAUGUUUGCGGGACGACUUGAACGAGGAAGUCCAUACGGAUGCCCUUGCCACUAUCCAAGAUGUGCCAUUGUCAGACGCUGUCUUAGUACAUCUCACGGAGAACAUACCUGCUGCCUCUGACAUACAGGACCAGCCCUCCUCAGCCAAAAAGUUACGGCUUAGCCGGAGUUCCGAGCUUGCAAAAUCGAAUACCGCUGCUACGGACAAGCUCAAUGUCGCCAUUCGAAAGAUGACGCUUGUACUGCAGAUCGUCGAGAAUUCGACGCCAGGCAAUCAUCCGAAGCUUCUGAGGGGACUAUUCUAUAUGCUGAGUGAGCUUCACCAUUACAAGGCAUUGGUCGGCUCUGAGCUGGCGUUCCUUCAAGGAUCUUUGAUGAGCAGCUUGCUAUCUGUUGUUGAUAGUAUCCGACAGUCUUCUGAUACCAACGUCGACCGCUCAAUCGUCCGUGCAGACCUCAUCGUGGAGUGCGUCCGCACGACAUCGAGCACCCAAGUGCACCACGCUGCUUUGCUUCUCAUGUCCUCUUUGGCUUCAUGGGCCCCUGAUCUUGUCCUUCACAGCGUCAUGCCACUUUUCACCUUCAUGAGCUCAACGAUCCUCAAGCAAAGUGACGACUAUAGCGCACACGUCACCGACCAGACAGUCGCUCGCAUCAUUCCUCCACUUGCUGCGUCGUUGAAGAAAUCCGGGAAAGACCUCAUCAGUGGAGCGGCUGACCUACUAUUGAGCUUCACUGCCGCAUUUGAACACAUUCCAAUCCAUCGCAGGUUUGGUCUGUUCAAGCAUCUGGUCGAAAAGCUUGGUGCAGAAGAGUCAUUAUUUGCAAUCGUUGCAAUGUUGGUUGAUCGGUACACAGAUGAACCAAGUGUGCCGACUUUCCUCAGCGAACUGAUGAAUGCCUUCUCCAACGCGAUUCAGCUUCAAGCCGCGAAACAGUAUCUCGACCUGGUCUUCGAUUCAUUGCGGUCGAAACGUGUCCUGUCCGACCAGAUUCUCACAUUCAACGAGAAGACCAAAGACGAAGCAAAGCUUGCAACAAGUGUGCUGUUGAGUGGCUUUGCUGAAGUUACCUCUGUCAACACGCUCAAGAAGAGUCUCGCCAAAGAGCUUAAGAGCGGUGGACCUCAAGCGGAAAGGCUCCGUGUGCUCUAUUCUGAGCUGCUCGAGAAGGUCAUGCAUUUGACGUUGCAGCUGAAGAAUGACAAUGUGCUCCGACCUUCUUCGGAUCAGCUGUUAUCAGCUCUACUUUCGCUCAUGCCUACGAACGACUUCAUCGAUUCCAGUGCACGACUCAUGCAAGGAGGGACUGAUGAGAUUCGUCAACAAGUAUUCCGAUCACUCGAAAAGCGCGCCAGUCUCGCCAAACGCGGUGAUGCUUCCAUGCAGCAGGUUUUCAUUGACGUUCUGCCGAAUUGCAUCUGGUUUAUCACGGAAACUCAAACUGAACUGACCCGACACGCGGCCAUCGCUUGUGUUGACCAGAUCGCGGAAAAGUUUGGCAAAAAGGACAAGGAAGCCGUACUAGAAGCUGCACAGCACAUCUCUGGCAAAGCUGCUCUCAGCAGCGAUAGCAGUAGCCUAAGGGUGAUUUCGACCCUCUGCCUGGCUACAAUGAUUGAGGUUCUCGAAGAGGAAUUCUUGCCUCUUGCCCCCGCCACCCUCGAUCAGGUCUUGGAUUUCCUUCGACAAAUGACUGCAAAGCGCGAAACAGACCUAUCGCUUUUCAAUGCGAUUUUUGCUCUACUGGAGAAUCUCUUGGAUCAUACCGAGCUGGUCCUGUCUGGUAAAUAUCUAGACAUUGUCCUGGAUCUCAGCUGUCGUUCACUCGCGCUCGGGGAAGCACAAACCGCAGUUGUGCAACAAUUCUGCGAUCGAGCUGCCAAGAAGCUUGCACCUUCAUAUUGUCUGGCCGCAAUGAUCAAGACCUGGUCAACGGCCUCAGAGCUGGGCUUCGAAGCUGUGCAAUUGCUUGUCGGAAUGCUUCAACGGUUGGUAAAGCAUCACAGCAAAUCCACAGUCACUGAAAAUGUCGAGCCUAUUUUCACUUUGCUACAGUCUGCACUCGACAUUCGAUCAGAUCAUAUCGCUUCAGACCCAGACUCCGAAGAUGACGAUGAACUUGAGGAGCUGGAGACUCUUGUCAAUGCUACAGCGAUGGACGUUGUUUUGAAACUGAACGACGCAACCUUCAGACCCUUCUUCAGCAAUUUGACCGAAUGGGCCAUGACCCCAACUCUUCGGGCUCAAAGAGCGCGAACGAUCGGUCGCUGCACCAGCGUGUAUAGUUUCACCUUGACACUCUUUGAGCAGCUCAGAUCGCUUGUCACAAGCUAUGCAGGGAGUCUGCUGUCCAAUGCACGAGAGCUUCUGGAAUCCCUGGACGUGUCAGAGCCAAUCGAAGCAGGACUGGUCGAUCUAGUGGUGCAGGCACUCGCGAGCAGUUUCCGACACGACGAGGAUGGGUACUGGCAAUCACCGGCGCAUUUCGAUGCCAUCGCCAAGCCACUUCUUGCACAAUUGGCGCGCUCGCAGACACAUACUGCCGAUGAAUAUGCCAUUCCAGCAAUUCGAGAUCUAGCUGCAGCUGCUGGUUCUCCGGAUCACUACAAGGCAAUGAACACUGUGAUCAUGUCUUACAUGCGUCACGAGGAUAGCGAAGUACGACUCGCAGCAGUGAAGACCGAGCGAGCCAUCACUGAGAAGCUCAACAUCGACUGGCUGACCAUGCUGCCUGAGAUGCUACCAGUAAUCAACGAGCUCCAGGAGGACGAUGAUGGUCAAGUGGAACGCGAGACGUUACGAUGGAUGAAGCAGAUGGAAGACGUCACAGGCCAAAGCAUCCAGGAUAUGUUGAGAUAA